AUGAAGGUCUUCGAGGUAGCGGACCUGCAGCAACUCUGGGACGAAACGGUGGCGAAGGACUCGAUAUUCCGGGCAGCCUAUAAGGCAGUCCGCGAUCGCGAGCGUGCCUUCCCGCCCUCGCUGGGCCUGAAGAUCCAGAUUUCAGAAUGUGCGAUCGACGCAGGCAAAAGGCUGACAUUCAGAGACCGUAUUUGGUCGCAUGACUCUGUUGCGACCGGUCAUCCCGGCAGGGAAGGUACGCUGGCUAUUGUGGCUCGGCGAUUCUACUGGCCUGGGCAGUCCCAGCUGGUUCGCCGAUCGACCCGAAGCCAUUUGUCCAUGGACUUCAUCACAGAUCUGCCGCCUACUGGACCGAGCAAGGCAAGGUACCUGUGGGUGAUUGUGGACAGACUGACAAAGGCUGUGACCCUCGAGUGUCAUUACCGAUUUCACGGAAUGCCACGGUCCAUCGUCAGCGACCGCGGGAGCAACUGGCUAAGUAGGUUCUGGAAGAGGUUCUGCCGUCUUGCAGGUGUCACGCAGAAAUUGAGCACGGCCUAUCAUCCUCAGACGGACGGAGGCCAGAGAGAAUGA